AGAGAGAGAGGGAGAGAGAGAGAGAGUUGGUGGGUUUCGCUCGGGGUUGGUCAAGUGUGAUUGGUGGAUCUUCCUGACGUUAUCUAUCUACUGAGACGUUGGGGGAAUACGAAAAAGACAAAAGCAAUAAUUUAAUUUCAAAACUCCACCAAAGUCAUUAAGGAGAGUUGCCAUGGGUAUCACCAAUUCACCACCCCUGUUCUCCCUCUCCUGCCGGCCCUUUGUGUCAAGGAUGGAGGUGUGUCUAGGAUCGACUGCUCAGUCCCUUCUCCCCUCUCACGCGCCUGUUCGUCCUUGCUUAUUUCGUUUCGCUCAGAACUUCAGAUCCCCCCUUUGCAGCACUCGUGGAAGAAGGCGGAGCCUGGUCAUUAGGGCUGCCGUUGCGGCGGAGCAGGGUUCUCAGACGAAGGUUUCCCUUGUUAAGAUUGGUACAAGAGGAAGUCCAUUGGCACUUGCACAGGCAUAUGAGACACGUGACAAACUCAAGGCUACUCAUCCAGAACUAGCAGAACAUGGUGCAAUUGAAAUAAUAAUUAUAAAAACAACUGGUGAUAAAAUAUUGAAUCAACCUUUAGCAGACAUUGGUGGCAAAGGUCUUUUUACAAAAGAGAUAGAUGAAGCACUGUUAGACGGUCGAAUUGAUAUUGCUGUCCAUUCAAUGAAGGAUGUCCCCACUUAUUUUCCUGAUGGGAUAAUUUUGCCCUGCAACCUCCCACGUGAGGAUGUUCGAGAUGCAUUUAUUUCUCCAACUGCAACCUCUUUGGCAGAGCUUCCAGCUGGAAGUGUUGUUGGCAGUGCUUCACUAAGAAGACAGUCUCAAAUACUUUACAGAUAUCCAUCACUCAAGGUAGUAAAUUUCAGAGGCAAUGUCCAAACCCGAUUGAAAAAGUUGAAUGAAGGAGAGGUCCAUGCCACAUUGUUGGCAUUGGCUGGUCUAAAACGGCUUUCCAUGACUGAUAAUGUUACCUCUAUUCUUUCACUAGAUGAAAUGCUCCCAGCAAUUGCUCAGGGUGCUAUCGGGAUUGCCUGCAGAAGCGAUGAUGAUAAAAUGGCUAAUUACAUAGCUUCUCUGAAUGAUGAUGAAACAAGAUUAGCUGUUGCAUGUGAAAGGGCCUUCCUAGAAACCUUGGAUGGAUCUUGCCGCACACCAAUAGCAGGUUAUGCAUUCCGUGACAAGGAUGGAUAUUGUUUAUUCAGAGGCCUAGUAGCAUCUCCGGACGGAACUAGAGUGCUUGAGACUUCAAGAAGAGGCCCAUACAGUAUGGAAGACAUGGUUUCUAUGGGAAAGGAUGCUGGGAAAGAGCUAAUUUCACGCGCUGGUCCUCGUUUUUUUGACUGGUAGUGCACCAAAGAGAAGUUUGGCUAUUACUCCUCGGGAGCCACAUUAGAGCAUUGUAACGUAGUGUCUGUAAUGGUUUCGUAGUUCAGUUUUUCUAGAAGAUCUUUGAGGGGUUUUUUUUCUCCUUCUACAUGUUAGCAAAGAGGGUGGGGUGGUUGUAGUUUGGGUGGUUAGUAAUCAGAUUGCUUUGUUAAAGUGAGAAUAGGCAUCACGAUUUUUGAGCUUUUAGCUGAGAAAUCAAUCCACUAUUCAAUAUCA